AUGGACUACUCAGAUAGAGUCAACUCGAAACAGGGUAGUGGGGGUGUAGCCGACUCGUCUCUCACCAACGUACACCGACGUCAGAGAGUGGCGCAGUUGAUAUCGUCCAAGAUCAACAUCGACCAGGAUCCAUACAUUUUCAAGAACCACUUGGGGCUUCUCGAAUGCAAACUUUGCCUCACAACCCACGUGAGCGAAGGAUCCAUUUUGUCACAUAUGCAGGGCCGCAAGCACCAAACAAACUUGCAGAGACGGGCAUUGAAGAACGGGAUUGACCCGAACACAGGAUUGCCGCAAACAGCCGACAACCAGAACCGUCCAUAUAACCAGUACUCCCUAUCACAGCACGUAGCCCCCGAAAAGAAAACUUUUAUCAAAGUUGGGAAACCCUCUUACAAGAUCUCCAAGAUCCGUCAUCCCCAGACGUUCCAAUUGGGGUUGUUGUUCCAGGUGAAUUUGCCGUUGAUUAAGGCUGGCACCCAUCCGUUUCACCGGUUUAUGAGCGUGUACGAGCAGAACAUGCAGAUCAACCAGAAACAAGCGCAGAUCAACGGUAACUUCCAGCACUUGGUGGUGAGCGCGGAGCCGUACGAGAAUAUCGCUUUCAGGAUUCCAGCUAAGGAGAUCGAGAAACUGGAUGAAAAGGAAGGCGAGAAGUUCUGGACCUACUGGGAUGACGAUACGAAAGAGUACUUUGUCCAGUUUUUCUACAAGGACUAG